AUGAGGGAGCUGGCCAGCUUACCCCUUCGUCUCACUGCCAGGUUCGGGGAACAUCUCCGAUCUUCCAUGAUCAAGGAGUACUACUGGUACUACAUUGCCUACGAGGACCUGAAAAAGGCCCUCAAGACCGGAUACAUUGCGGAGCCCACCCCCGAAAAUGCAAGGCCCGACCGCCAGCCCUGGUCCGAGGAUGACGAGAAGCACUUCGUGACGCUGCUGGAGAGCGAGCUUGACAAGGUCUUCAACUUCCAGAGAAUCAAGAGCGCCGAGAUCGCCCGUCGCAUCCAGUCCAGCGAGACCGAGGUCACGGAUGUCGUUUCGCGCUUGGACAAUGCCUCCACCUCUCGGUCUGAUAAUGCUUCAAACACCCGUUCUGGCCGGGCGCCGCCUUCCGACGAAGACUUCUUGCUGCUCGAACAAUCCCUCAGUGACAUCAUUGCCGACGUCCAUGACCUGGCCAAGUUCACACAGCUCAACUACACCGGUUUCCAGAAGAUCAUCAAGAAACACGAUAAAGAAACCGGAUGGCACCUCAAGCCCGUCUUUGCGGCGCGGCUCAACGCCAAACCAUUCUUCAACGACAACUACGAUGCGCUGGUCGUGAGGUUGUCUAAGCUCUACGACCUCGUCCGUACCAAGGGAAACCCCGUCAAGGGUGAUUCGUCCGCCGGAGGGAGUCAGCAGAACUUCGUCCGUCAGACAACCAAGUACUGGGUCCACCCUGACAACAUCACCGAACUCAAGUUAAUCAUCCUUAAGCACCUUCCCGUGCUCGUUUUCAACUCCAGAAAGGAAUUCGAAGAAAAGGACGCUGCUAUAUCGUCGAUCUAUUACGACAACACCGAUACCUGGGAGCUAUACCAGGGGCGCUUGAAGAAAACAGAAGGAGCCGAGGCUAUUCGACUGCGUUGGUAUGGUGGCAUGGAGAGUGACCAGAUCUUCGUGGAGAGAAAGACCCAUCGUGAGGAUUGGACGGGUGAAAAGUCGGUCAAGGCGCGCUUCUCUCUCAAGGAGAAGCACGUUAAUGCCUACAUGGCUGGUCGCAUGACGGUGGAAAGCAUCUUCGAGAAGAUGCGCCGGGAAGGCAAGAAGAGCGAGGAGGAAAUCUCCAGUCUCGAGCAAUUGGCGCGGGAGAUCCAAUAUCGUGUCAUCACGCGGAAACUGGUGCCCGUCAACAGAUCCUUCUACCAUCGGACCGCCUUCCAGCUUCCCGGAGAUGCUCGAGUGCGUAUAUCUCUCGAUACAGAGUUGACAAUGAUCCGGGAGGACAACCUCGACGGUCGCCAGCGCGCUGGUGAGAACUGGCGACGAAUGGACAUCGGUGUGGACUAUCCUUUCUCUCAACUUCCUGCCGAGGACGUGGAGCGCUUCCCCUACGCCGUUCUGGAGGUCAAGCUCCAAACCCAAGCAGGCCAAGAGCCUCCCCAAUGGAUUAGGGAUCUGACGGCCAGCCACCUGGUCGAAGCGGUUCCGAAAUACAGUAAAUUCAUCCACGGCACCGCGACCCUCAUGCCUGACCGCAUCAACCUUCUUCCUUUUUGGAUGCCCCAAAUGGAUGUUGACAUCCGGAAGCCCGCAACGCGCAAGUUUGGUAUCCAACGCCCCCCGGCCAGCACGACAUUGUCUACCACGGAGACGCCAGAGGAUGAUGAAUCAGACGACGAAGACGCAAACGAAGCCCGAUGGGCGGAGGGCGUGGACAGAGCUCAGACCAUCGAUCAAGAAGCCCUGUUUGCAGAGACGGAUGGGAAUGCUCUUGACAUCGAAGAGCGCAUCGCUGCAAUGCCACUCCCUGGAGACGAGGACUAUCCGCUAUACGACUCUGAUGUAGAGUCCGUCGACUCCGAUGAGCUGGAAGAGGCGCGCCGUGUUGGUGGCACAUAUUACUACAAGCAACUGGCAAAGUACUACGCCCACCAGACCGGAAAUGCCCUGGUACACGGCCUCAUGGCACUGAUCCCACGACCCCGACCAACCAGCCUCCCUCCCCCCGAGCAAAACGGAAUAGCCGUACUAGGAAACCAGCGAACCGUCAAACGGUUCCAAGCCCCCAAGGGCAAGCGCAUCUACGUCCCAGUCCGCGUCGAACCCAAGGUUUAUUUCGCCGCCGAGCGAACCUUUCUCUCCUGGCUGGAAUUCUCCAUCAUCCUCGCCACCAUCGCCGCCACCCUCCUCAACUUCGGCGACGACUACAUCACCUUCGUCUCCUCCUGGGCCUUCACCAUCCUCGCCGCCGGCGCCCUCAUCUACAGCCUGAUGCUGUACAUCUGGCGUGUCGACAAGAUCCGCAAACGCCGCGACGUCAAGCGUGUCUACUACGAGAAAUGGGGUCCCACCGUCGUCGGCCUCGGCCUGGUGGUCAUCAUCAUGGUCAACUUUGGUUUACGGGCUCGCGAAGCCUCCUUUUUGGCUAAGGAUGGGAAUCUCGAUUUCGAUGUUCCCCAUGGUGGGGACUUGUGAUCGGAUCUUUUACUCAUCCUUGUCCCAAUUUCAUUAUUCGUUCAUAUGAUACAACCUUCCAAUCAUCCAAUCAUCCUCGUCUUUUGAUUAUUAAAACCCUUGCGUUGGAUCAGUAAGCAAGCAAACCGUCUCUCUGUCUAUCAGCCUGCCUGUCUU